AUGCAGGCCCCUGUCGUGGUUAUGAACACGGGCGCCGGUGAGAGACAAGUCGGGCGGAAGGCACAGAUAUCAAAUAUCACCGCGGCCAAAACGGUUGCGGAUAUCAUCAGAUCAUGCCUCGGGCCGAAAGCGAUGUUAAAAAUGCUACUGGAUCCCAUGGGAGGAAUCGUCUUGACCAACGACGGCCAUGCCAUCUUGCGGGAAAUCGAAGUGGCGCAUCCUGCCGCAAAGAGUAUGAUUGAAUUGAGCCGGACACAAGAUGAAGAGGUGGGAGACGGUACAACGACGGUGAUCAUUCUAGCCGGCGAAAUCCUAGCCCAGGCGCUCCCGCAGCUCGAACGAAACAUCCAUCCGGUUGUCAUUAUCCAAGCAUUCAAAAAGGCCCUCGCGGAUGCUUUGGCCAUCGUCGAGGAGGUCUCAAUACCGGUGGACACAUCAAGUGACAAACAAAUGGCAGCACUCAUCAAAUCGUCCAUUGGCACAAAGACCGUCUCCAGAUACUCGGAUCUGAUGUGCUCACUGGCGCUGAAAGCGGUGCGGACGGUAGCCCUAGACCAGAGUUCGGUGUCGAAUGCAGCAACAACGAACGGCGCUGCGAAGUCACCAGCCCCUACCUCCUCGAAGCCACAAGAAGUAGACAUCAAGCGGUAUGCGCGGGUGGAGAAGAUUCCGGGGGGCGAGAUCGAAGAUUCACGGGUCCUGGACGGGGUUAUGCUAAAUAAAGACAUCACACAUGCGUCGAUGCGGCGACGGAUAGAAAACCCGCGGAUCGUGCUGCUCGACUGCCCGCUCGAGUACAAGAAAGGCGAGUCGCAGACCAACGUCGAGAUCACGGACGAGGACUCGUGGAACCGCAUCCUGCAGAUUGAAGAAGAGCAAAUCAAGAAGAUGUGCGAGGCCAUCUUGGCCGUCAAGCCGGAUCUGGUGAUCACCGAAAAGGGCGUUUCAGAUCUCGCCCAGCACUACUUCGUCAAAGCCGGCGUCACCGCGCUCCGCCGGGUGCGGAAGACCGACAACAACCGCAUCGCGCGUGCCGUCGGCGCCACGAUCGUGAACAGGGUCGACGACCUCGUCGAGUCCGACGUCGGCACCGGCUGUGGCCUGUUCGAGAUCGAGAAGAUCGGCGACGAGUAUUUCACCUUCCUGACCAAAUGCAAGAACCCCAAGGCCUGCACGAUCCUGCUGCGCGGCCCGUCCAAGGACAUCCUCAACGAAGUCGAACGCAACCUCCAGGACGCCAUGUCCGUCGCUCGCAACGUCAUGUUCCACCCACGCCUGUCCCCAGGCGGUGGCGCCACCGAGAUGGCCGUCUCCGUGCGUCUCGCCCAGAAGUCAAAGUCCGUCGAGGGCGUCAUGCAGUGGCCCUACAAGGCCGUCGCCGAGGCCAUGGAGGUCAUUCCGCGCACCCUCAUCCAGAACGCCGGCGCCAGUCCCAUCCGCAUCCUGACCAACCUGCGCGCCAAACAUGCCGAGGGCAAGUCCAGCUUCGGCGUCGACGGCGAUACCGGCAACGUCGUCGAUAUGAAAGACUACGGCGUCUGGGAGCCCCAGGCCGUCAAAAUGCAGAGUAUCAAGACCGCUGUCGAGAGUGCCUGUCUCUUGCUUCGUGUCGAUGACAUCUGUAGCGCGAAGAGCGCGAAGCAGGUCGGUGGUAGUGGCUUGUCCGGCGGCGGCGGCGGUGGGGAAGAAUAG